AUGAUCGUCUGGGUACAGCUUCCGGCUUUGAAGAUCCACUUCUACCACAAAGAGGUGGUGACUACGCUUGGAAAUCUAAUUGGGAGGACGAUCAAGCUCGAUUACCACACCCUUACCCAACAGCGAGCGAAGUUUGCCAGGUUAACAGUAGAGGUGGAUUUAUCGAAGCACUUGGUUCCCCGAAUUUGGCUGGAUGAUGCCUGGCAAAAGGUGGAGUAUGAGAACCUCCCUGAGGUUUGCUUCGAAUGUGGUAAGAUUGGGCACUGCUCGGCCGUGUGUCCGCUCCUAAAACCUGCUGUUUUGGUGAACUUUGCGGUGGCCGCCGGUGGAGACUCAUCGGCCGAUCUGCCGGUCAGCGAGGAGGAUGCUAAUCCGGGGUUUGGACCGUGGAUGCUGGUUUCCAGGAAAUCAAGGCGUAAUGCUCGGGAUGGUCAGCGGAAAGGGAAAGGGGAGCAGGAUAGUGGGUCGCAAAAUCAGAUGCUGGGGCAUAAACAAGGUAAGAAGGGAACUGGUGGGAAGGAAGGAAAUCAGGCCUUUCCUAUUCAAGACAUCAACAACGGUCACUUGUCUCAGGUGAGUCAAACACAUGAAAGGAAGGUGGUUAUCACCAAGAAGAACGGUGCUGAAGGUAGGAGGGGAGUUGAAGCGAAUGGAAGGGAUGCUGGGUCGAAGGGGAAAGGACUCCUAGGCCCAAGUCCCGUUUUUUCAGAAUCUAACCCAAACAGGACGGAGCCCAAUUGCUUGGCGGACGAGGCCUCGACAUCUGCUCAGCAAACGCAAGCCCAAGCUUCGCUGCAACAAAGGAAAUACCCAGAUCGGCCACAAAGUGAGAUCAGAACUCCGGCCCGUCAAGAGCCCACAGGACAGCAGCCUCCUUUACUCUCUACGAAAACUAUCACAGGCCCAAACGGCACCGUUAUGCAGAUCAUCGAGAACCCUGAGUCUGUGAAGGAGAAUGCCGAACCGAACAUCAGCGCUGUUCCCUCUCUCGCAGCUCGAACCAAAAGCAACAAGAAGAAGAUUUCCCAGAGCAAUAAAUCGUCCACCAAGCUUAAUAUAGCGAAGCCUCUGCAGAUAUGGUCGUCGAUCAAGGACAGGAAACCAAAAUCAAAAGCUCGGGUGGCGACUUUGACUUUGCAAGAGAUCAGCGCCUGGACUAAAGCAGCAAAAAAAACGGCAGGGGAAUCAGGGGGGAAGGUUGCGGCUGUUACCCAGGCGGCCUGUGAACCUUUGGCGAAGGUCCAGACCACGGAGUCUUCCCCGCCGGCGUAG